AUGCAUCGCCGUUCGACGUCCGGUCGCUCCUCCAACAACCCCAAUGUCUUUUCCGAUGAAUACUCGCUGGAACCGAUAGAUUCGGAACAAUCGACUCUCACUCCUCGAAGUCCCUCUAUUUCGUCCAUCGCCUCUUCCAAUACUCUUCGGUCGUCGGUACCCCAGCAGAAACCGUACGCUACGGUCCCCAAUGAGCCGGAGACGACGGAGAAUCCUUUCGGUGAUGAAGCUCGCCUCUCUUUCGAUGACCAACACCGAUCGAGUCUUCCCCAGAAGGGAAUGGACCUCAACCGGAACUCGGUAGCAUCCACAAAUACUGCUCCUUCAAUCACGCAGCGCAGCCAGAGCACGUCAUCGCGGUUCUCCAUGCCCCCUCGGGCCCUCAGCCCUUACACGGGCGCUACCGGACCCAGCCAUCCUUAUGCAAUGUAUCCGCAGGUCGGUGUCAGCCGCUCCCCUAGUGUAACCACCACCUCGACCGUACGACCGAUGGACCGACCGUUGGGAGACACGAAUGCCCCUCAGCAUCCCUACGCCAUGUACCCACAGAACGUUGUACCGGAAGAGGGGAUCGAUGCUCCAGUGAUCCCUCUUGGCUUUCCCGGGCACCCCCAAGCCUACCAGCGACCGCCUAAUCGUGCCGAUGAUGAUGUGGGGGAUUUGAUCGGACCUGAUGGCCACACUGAACAACUCCCACCCUAUUCACGAUACCCUGAAAAUGCCGUUCCGAAGGUCGAAGACCAGCCGCCUCAGCCGGUCGCCGAUGCUCCGACGGCCCCUCCGCCUGAACCUCCCCGGAAUGAACCGGCAGCUAUCCCCGUUGUCGAAGUUGCUGCCGCGGGAGUGGUCGGCGGAGGUCAGGCCUCGCCACUUCCCGUCCAGCAUCCCGAGCCACCGGAGGAACCCCCGGCGACCGGGAUCAUGGCAUUCGAAGAGAAGUUAAAGACGAAGGGCAAGAAGAAAGCCUGCUGUGGGCUGCCAGUCUGGACCUUGGUUCUAGUCGGUGUGGUCAUGCUUGUGGGAGGCUGUAUUGGUGGAGUUAUUGGUGGAGUUUUGGGAGCCAAAAAAGCGGCAAGCGAGGAGAAGGAGAAGGGCCAUGGCCCGCAGAUUGUCACCACAACAGCCACCCCCCGAAUGGACGCGACGCCCAUCUCGACAAUUCCGUCCAACCUGAUGACGCUUCCCACGGGUAAUUUCAUGAUCCCCGCGUACGCGAAGAAUCAGUCGAAAUUCUGCAUCUCCGAUUCGGACUACACUCGCUCCUGGAGCUGUAUGACGUCAGGAAACGUUCCCAUUUCGAUUUCGGGGACUCAGUCCCAGCCUAAUGUUUCGUUUAAACAUGAGCAUUUCACCUCGUCUUUUACUUAUGGUGCCCAGGCACCAUAUUUCGCUAGUCCUACACAGUCCCUGAGUCUAAUGAUGGACUCUAGCGAUCUCAGCCUGGGUCCAGCGUGGACUUUCUUUUCCCUCUUCGACAAGCUUGUGAUUGUUCCGCAGGAUUCAUUCCCAUCCAAUGCCGCCUCAAAACGGUCGGUCCCUGAGGAUGAAGUGCUCGCCACCUCUUAUUAUCGCAAAAAGGCAGCUCAGUCUGGGGACAAGCCGUGGUUCUGCUGGUGGAAUAGCACGGUGAUGGAAUUUUUCUUGUACGCCAACGAAACCACGAAGGAGUCUCGGGACAGUUCGGGCGCGACCCUUUUGGAGGCCGAGCCAUCGCAAACCUCGAAAAGCACAUCGACGCCUGAUUAUCCCCGCCGUAUCAAGAUGGAGGAGAAGCGAGAUUAUCCCGAGGCGCAGGCACCCUAUUGCCAACAAAUGCAAGUGAUGGAUAACGGCUCAAUUCAAACCGUAUCACCCGCGACGAUCCAGAUUAAGGAGAUGGAACCGACCCCAACGACGACAAUGAAAGGUGUUGGCAGUACCCAAACCUACACGGCCAAGGCGCAGUAUGCUAGCGUUUGCUACUGUGUCUCCUUGACUGACUAG